CUCUCUUCUCUCUCUCUCUCCGCGAUUCGAAUCGUAAGUGUUUUGAACCGUGGGAGGAGCCUUCAGAGGAGAAGGUUAGCUUGGCGAUCAGUCGCGGAUUUGGUCGGUUUUUUCUCUCGCUCUCGUUGGGGGAUUUCGAUUUGAUCGUUUUGGGUUCGUGAUUUGUGCUUCAAAUCUCUCCUUUUAGAUCUAAAAGCUCUUUUUUAUUUUUUUUGUGCUUCUUCGGAAGGGGGUUUAGAGGGGAGAGAAAUUGAUGUGAUUUUUGGGGUUUCGUUAAGUUUUUUUUUUUCCUUGGGGUUUCUCCUCGAUCAUUGGUGAUUUGGGGUUUAGCGAGAGAGAUGAAUCAGAGGACUAGGGCUUAAAUAGCGUCGUAGAGGGGAUUUGAUGUAAAAGAAGAGAAGAGGAAAAGUAAAAGUAGCAUCUUUUUUGGAUUUGGUUUGAAGAGCUUUUCAAUUGCGAAGAAGGAUCUAAAGCGCCAUGGUAGCAACAGCUUUGCUGGAAAACAGCCGGAAGCCUUAUCUGAAUCCAAUCAGCAUACCCGAAAGGAGGAUGCGUGUGGAUGUUGGAUCUUCUGCUGUAGGAAGUGGAGCGCAACCGAAGGAAACAGAUGAUUACGCCAUCAAGGUUAGGAAACCUUACACAAUAACAAAACAGCGGGAGAAGUGGACCGAGGAAGAGCACGAGAAGUUCUUGGAGGCUCUCAAGUUAUUCGGCCGUGCUUGGCGCCAGAUACAAGAGCACAUAGGCACCAAAACAGCUGUUCAAAUUCGAAGCCAUGCUCAGAAAUUCUUUUCAAAGCUAGAACGGGAAUCGGGCUCGGAGAAAGCCAUCGAAAUCCCUCCUCCCCGGCCCAAAAAAAAACCGCUUCGGCCUUACCCGCGGAAGAAUGGGGUUUCCAAACUACAACUGUCGUCUGUGGGGUCUUCCUCGGUGUCCGAACAAGAGAAUGGAUCGCCCGUAUCAGUUUUAUCGAGACUGGGAUCCGAUACUUCUGGGUCAUCGAUUUCAAAUCGGCCUAGCCCGGUGUCCUCUGACGGUGGAGAUCCAACGGGCACAUCUCUGAUCGAACAGGACAACGGGUGUCAGUCGUCUACAACGUCGACCGAAGAACAAAAUUCAACUUCGCCACCUGCCUCCAAAGAUGAAGCUCACAUGGAGAUUGACGAGGACUCUAAAGAUCAAGUUCUUUCGAAAGACGCUUCGCCAAUGAUAGAAGCUCAAGCCACCACUUUGAAGCUAUUCGGUAGAACUGUUGUGAUAACGGAUCUUAAAAUGUUGUGCUCUUCGACUGCGAAGUACGACAAACAAAGUUGCCAGGCAUCGGCUGCUCCGGUAGAGCAGCAUGGCAGCAAUAUGCAAUUGCAAUUGCUUUCAGCAGCAGCUGCAACAAACGAAGUUUCGUCGCAGUUUCAAUGUGGGAACUUUGCGGAGGCUUCGGUUGCUGCUUUACCUUGGUGGUGGGCCAUUACUCCGCAAAUCGUAAGUCCGCGAUCUCGCGAGACUGGCGAGAAAGCAGGAGCUUGUCUGAGUGCUUCGAGCUCGGACUCGGUGCGUUCGGGCGAACCCGAGCCAGCGCCGAUGUUCAAGCCAAGCAAGAACUCAGCCUUUGUACGUGUGGAGGCCGACAAGAACAUUACAGCAACAAGAGGCUUCGUGCCGUACAAAAGAUGUAGUACAACUGAGAAGCAAAGUGUAGCGGCGGCGUUGUAGGAGGAGGUUGCUGUAGGUGUUCGUUCAUCUUGUUCCGUUCGCACUUUGGCGGCACGAGUUAGCGGCGAAUGGCUCCUUUACUAUCAAAUUGUAUUUAGGGAUCUUUCAUAGGCAUGCCAUCUUUAUAUGCUUUGUUCUAAUUGUAGAAUGGUUGUUCCAGUAAUUCUUGUUACACUUCCCAGGAAUUUACGCCAUUUUGUGUAUUAUUAUUAUAUUAUAUAUUAUUACUACACAUUGUAAUGUAACUGUU